UACAACAAUUUGAUUUCGAAAUGACAAUAAUUAAGAUGAGAUGGAGGCACAGCCGCAGCACGUAAACUGAGAAAAGAUAUGAUGGUGGCAUUGCAGCAUUUCGGGCUACAUCUUCGUCCACCAUCUUCACUCCCCCUCACCAUUAACUACUGUCCAGAGUCCGUAAGCAGCUCACCAUGUAGAAUUACAAGGCGGAAAACCAUCUUUUUUUCUGCCUCUCUUCUUACUCUUUCUCUCAAUUUAAGCCCCAAUUCACCCACCCCUCUGCUUUCUGCUGGUGCCCAAGAAUUGGAUGAACAAGAAGAAACCACCCUCAUCCGCCUUUUUGAGGAAACAUCGCCAUCUGUAGUAUUCAUUGAAGUGUUACAACUAUCGAAUAACUCCAACAAUUCAAAGGAUAUCUCGCUAGCUGAUAGAAGUGAUGUGAAAGUUGAAGGGACAGGUUCUGGUUUCCUCUGGGACAAUUUUGGUCACAUUGUGACAAAUUACCAUGUCGUGGCUAAGUUGGCAACUGAUACGAGUGGCCUGCAGUAUUGUAAGGUGACUUUAGGAGAUGGACAGGGAAAUAAAAUUUCAACCGAGGCCAAGAUCAUUGGUUUUGAUCCAACAUAUGAUCUUGCUGUACUUAAGUUUGAUUAUCAGGGAAAUGAUUUAAAGCCUGCUCUUCUAGGGACGUCGCGUGAUCUACGAGUGGGGCAGAAUUGUUUUGCAAUUGGGAAUCCUUAUGGAUAUGAAAACACUCUUACAACUGGGGUAGUCAGUGGUCUGGGCAGGGAGAUACCAUCUCCUAAUGGACAGGCCAUUCGAGGAGCCAUACAAACAGAUGCUGCCAUUAAUGCUGGAAACUCAGGAGGUCCAUUGAUUGAUUCAUAUGGUCAUGUCAUUGGUGUGAAUACUGCGACAUUUACUCGCAAAGGCAGUGGAAUGUCUUCUGGUGUUAACUUCGCCAUUCCGGUUGACACAGUUUUACGAACUGUACCUUCUCUUAUUGUCUAUGGAACACCUUACAGUAACAGGUACUAGCUGAAGUAGCUCUUCGAAUGAACAUCAGCAAUAACAAAUUACUAUCUCUCCGACCCUUCCCAUGCUUAUCAAACAAAGCGUGACAAAUGAUAUUAUAAAGUUUUCAUGUCCGAGGUGAUUGCUGUAUGCAUGCUCUCAUAACAGUCUGUUGCUUUUGAUCGUAGAGUGUAACAAUCUCAAUCAUCACAUAAAAAGGAAGAUUUGAUGUUUUUGUGGGUCUUUUUCUCCCCCUAUUAUGCAUCAAGUUUCAGCAGCAACUUAUUGUACAUUGCAACCGGCGUGUAUAUUUCAAAUGCUUUUGAUGUAUAGGAAAGAAAAUAACAAGUUCCUUGCAGAUACGUUUCAAUUAUAUAACUCUCUAUGUUAUGCGAGAGAAAAAAAUAAUUUUCUUGCA